AUGCCUGGGGUGCGCCACUUUUGCUGCCCAAGAUGCAACUGGAAGACUGUGACCCUAAAAUGUCUUUUCCGACACUUUCGCACGUGCCAUGGACAUGAGGGCAACUGGGUGUGCGGUUUAAAUCAGUGCAUGAGAACCUUCCAACGGUACUCAGCAUACCGACGACAUGUUACACACCAGCAUAAAAGUCUGCUUGAGGAGGACGCAGUGGAAACUUCCCAUGAACCACAAGCAAGUCUUCAUGGUGAGCCAGAGACCAGCAGCCCUGGACCCAGUGACCAGGUUGAUCAUGAACAAGACCCUGAGACAGACUGCGGAGUUCUAACACGAGACAGUGUGAAGGAGUUUGCUCUGCUAAUUCUCAAAUGGAAAGAAGGGAGGCGUAUACCAGAUUCCACUGUUAAUGAAAUUGUGAAUGAUAUCAUGCUGUACAUUCAAGGACUGCUUGAACAAGGCUGUGACAUUCAAGAAAGGUUGACAUCAGUUGUGGAGCAGAGUAUGGAGCAGUUGAGCACCAAAAAUGGCCGGGAGUCCUAUUGGAAGUUGUUCUUGCCGUUUGUGGAGCCACGCACGAUUGUCCUCGGGCAAACUGAAAACGGUGCGACCAAUGUGUGCCAUUACGUCCCAAUAUGUGAGGUAUUGAAACAUUUGCUGCAGUCCCCAGGUAUGGCUGAACAACUACGCCCAUCAACAUCACACAAUGGUUAUCUCACAUCGGUGUUUGAUGGAACAGCAUUCCAUGAUCACGCAUACUUCCGUGGGGACAAAUCGAAACUGUGCAUGCAGCUAUAUAGCGACGAGUUCGACCCUCUAGGAAGUAAAAGAGGACCUCUUGAAGUAUGUGACCCUCUAGGAAGUAAAAGAGGACUGCACAAACUGAUGGCAGUGUAUUUCUCCAUUCUAAACUUGCCACAGAAAUCUAGAUCAUCACUUUCGAGCAUCCACCUUGCUCUGCUUGUGAAGGACAAACAUGUCAGUACGUACGGGCUGAACAGCAUUCUUCGCCCACUUUUGGAAGAUGUUGUCCGUCUUGAGACUGAAGGCAUUGAGGUUGAAGGUCAUCCGAUAAAAGGAACAGUAUUUGUAGUUACCGGGGACAAUUUAUCACAACCUAGACUUGGUGGAUUUAAGUGCAGUUUCUCGCAUGGAAGGAUCUGCAGAUUCUGUCUGGCUCUUCGCCAUGAAAUCAACAUCAAGCAUAUUGAACAGGAGUUUGUACUCCGUACACCUAGUGGUCAUCAACAUCAUUUAACAAUGCACAAUGCUGGUGCACCCACAGUGUCACUUUACGGUGUAAAAGAGCCAUGCGAACUGACGUUCUCCGGAUUUGAUCCUACGCAACACUUGCCACCUGACGUCAUGCACGACAUUCACGAAGGGGUCUUGCCAUUUGCUAUAAAACACAUACUUUCAAACCUCAUUUCUUUAAAAUUUUUCUCCAUUGAUGACCUCAACAAGGAAAUAAUUCAUUUUGGGUACUCCACAUAUGACAACAGAAACAAGCCACAGCCUGUGUCAAGAGAAUUCAUCCAUGGCACCGGAAGCAUGAAGGGAAAUGCUAGUCAAAUUUUUUGUUUUUUCCGGCAUUUGUCUCUCUAUGUGGGAGAUCGUGUACCCUCUGAUUGUCCUGCAUGGAAAGUAUAUACACUACUGAGGCAGGUAGUUGACCUGAUAAUGUGCAGAAGGAUCCCUGUGUCCUGUGUACCGUACUUGCAGCGUCUCAUUUAUUUCUUCUUGAUGGACUUUCACAGCCUUUUUCCAUCUGUUGCAACACCACCCAAGAUGCACUACCUAAUUCACUAUCCUUCAUAUAUCUAUAGGUAUGGACCUCUAAUCAACCUAUGGGCAAUGCGCUUUGAAGCGAAGCACCAAUACUUCAAAGACAUUGCGCGCAAAAUUCGCAACUUCAGAAACAUAACUUUUAGUCUGGCUACAAGGCAUCAAUACCUGCAGAUGUACCUCUUCUCACAAUCCCACUGCGAAGCCAAGUUGACCACAACUGGAAGCAGACCUUGCAUCCUUGAGCACGUACCUGACGUUUUAAAGAAUUUUCUAUGUGCUGAGAACAUCAGUUCUGAUAAUAUAAUUGUGGUGAAGUCCAUAACAGUUGAUGGCGCUGUGUACUCAUCAGGCUCUGUUCUUGUGCGCAACAUUAGUGAUGAUGAGCUCCCUGUGUUCCUCCAGCUCUGUGACAUUUACACAGUGAACCGCCUGGUACUUGGUGUUGCACAAGUUCUCGAAACACUUGAAUUUGACAGACAUUUUCACGUCUAUGUUGUGCAGUCUACUUCUCAGCACACAGUUGUGAGGGACCUUCAGAACAUUGAGAGUGAGCAACUUUUCCUACACAGACAAGGCAACAGGCAUGUGAUAAAUGCUCGUCAUGCACUGCAUUAG